AUGAAAUCUGCAGCCAUUGCCGUUCUUGCGGCUGCUCCUGCCGCUCUCGCAGCCGUUCGAGGCUUUAAUUAUGCCUCCCAGGGGCAGAACUACGACACCUUUGCUGCCCAGUUCAAGACUGCCGCUAGUCUGGAGGGUGCUAAUGACUUCAGCAGUGCAAGGCUGUACACGAUGAUUCAAGAAGGAACGACAAACACACCUAUUUCUGCUAUCAAGGCUGCAAUUGACACUAAGACUACCCUCCUUCUUGGUCUCUGGGCAUCUGUCGACCAAACCGCCUUCAACAAUGAACUUGCAGCCCUCAAGAGUGCUAUUGAAACAUACGGCUCCGACUUUGCGGAUGCAGUAAGAGGUAUCUCUGUCGGUAGCGAAGACCUCUACCGGAUCUCGGCAAUUGGUAUUGAAAACGAGAGCGGUGUUGGUCAAAGUCCCAGUGUUCUUGUGGACUACAUUGGCCAGGUUCGAAAGGCAAUCCAAGGGACAAGCCUGAGCAGUAAGCCUAUUGGUCACGUUGAUACCUGGAAUGUUUAUGUCAACGAGUCGAACUCUGGCCUAAUUUCUGCUUGCGACUUUCUCGGCUUGGAUGAAUACCCCUACUUCCAGACGACUGAUACCAACAACAUCGAGAAUGGCGGCGAACUAUUUUUUGAGGCAUAUGACAAAGUCGCUGAAUACGCAGGUGGUAAGCCCAUCUGGAUCACUGAAGCCGGAUGGCCAACCUCUGGCAAGACAUCAAAUCUGGCGAUCGCGUCCGUUGACAAUGCCGAAACCUUCUGGCAGGAUGUGUCGUGCGAGUUGCAACGUCGAGAUAUUGACUUCUGGUGGUACAUUCUUGCCGACAGUGGUGCAUCACCUUCCUUUGGCGUGAGCGAGAACGGCAAACCCUUGUACGACCUCACUUGCAAAGAACCCUCGAAAUCAAACUCGACCUCAACCAGCUCUGGCUCAUCCAACUCUACGGCAACAGGCUCGCAUGGCUCCAGCGGUACUUCGGGUGCAUCAACAUCGCACAGCGGUGGUGCUACAGCCACUGGAUCCAGCCCGGGGGGUACCAAUGCUGCGGCCACGAGUCCAGGUGCUGGUUCGACCUUCGCUACUGCGACGCAAAAUGGUGCAUCCAGCACCUCUUCGUCUGGGGCUGGCAGUACAUUCACCGCUGGUGCCUCUCACAUGUCUAGCUCAGUGAUGGGAGCUGCUGCAGGUGUCAUUUUAGCAUUCUUGGCCCUCUAG